AUGUUGGCUGCCUCGUCUCCCAUCAACUACCCGCAAACCUCAUCACCACCCCUGAAACGCCGCUUGCCCUCCCCGUCCCGCGGCAGCCAGAAUGCGUCCCAGAAGGCCAAGGCACGAACACGGGGUGGAUUUAUAGACGACGACUCCUCCGAUGAAGACGAGUUAGGAGACAACACCGGCCCCGCCCCAAAAAGAAUACUGGUGGACGACGCAAGCACGCAAGAAGAAACGCUUCCAGACGCUCAUAAUGAUGGCAACGAAUUACCAUCUCAAACCGUUGCAGUAGAGCCGACUGUUGACUUGGAAGAGGAGAGACGAUACCAGGCACUGUUCGACCGUCCCAUCACACUUGAAGACCCGGAGGACGACCAGGAUGCUGUAGGACUGGACUUGGAGACGCUCACCCGCACCCUAAAUAUUGAGACCUGCUCGGGCAAGCUACUGCCCAUCAGACACAGGAAGUUGACUAAGCCUGCAACCUACGAGGACAUGGUGGCUUCUCGAUCUCGACACAAAGAGGGCCGUGCCAAGAAAAGCUAUUACGGGAUUGCGAUACAUUCUCUAAUCGAUGCUGCCGCAGAGGAAGAAAAACAGCUGCGGGCGAAGCAAUUGGCAGCCAAUGUCUCUGCUGCGGAGGCAAGACCAGAUCAAGCCGUACCGUCAGUCGAAAGCCAGCUACCUGAAAGCAACGCGGGACGGAAGCCCAAGAAGACACUACUCUGGACCGAGAAGUACAGAGCAAAAAACUUCAUGGAUCUUGUUGGUGAUGAUCUCACCAACAGGCAAGUUCUCCGCUGGCUUAAACGGUGGGAUCCCUUGGUGUUUCCCCACGCAGCCAAGUCAAAAGCUGCCGCCAAAGCGUCUCGACGGGGUGCGGCUCAUCAGCAGCAGCAAACGGAAGACGAUAAACCCCACAGGAAAAUUCUUAUGCUUACCGGGCCACCUGGUCUGGGAAAGACCACACUGGCUCAUGUCUGUGCCAAACAGGCUGGCUAUGAGGUGCUCGAGAUCAACGCCAGUGAUGACAGAAGUCGCGAUGUCGUCCGCGGUCGCAUCAGGACCAGUCUGGGCACCGAGAACGUCAAGACAGUUGAGCAGCACAAGUCUGCUGAUGGCAAACCUCCGAAAGUGGCCCGUCCUGUCUGCGUCGUAGUUGAUGAGGUCGAUGGAGUUGUCUCAGGAUCUGGCGGGUCCGGCGAGGGCGGUUUCGUCAAGGCGUUGAUCGACUUGGUCCUGACCGAUCAAAAGAAUAGCGCCUCGGGUGCUGGUAGUUCUAGCAAGACCAACCGGCGUAAGAAGGGCGACGACUUUCGACAGAUGAGGCCACUUAUCCUCAUCUGCAAUGACGUCUAUCACGUCUCACUUAGGCCAUUGCGGCAGUCUGGACUAGCCGAGAUUGUUCAUGUUGGUAAGCCAACCAUCGACGCUGUGGUGACGCGCCUCAAGAGCAUCUUUGACAAGGAGGGCGUCCCAUGCGAGAAAGACGCAGCACGUAAGCUGUGUGAGUAUGCUUGGGGCAUGAACAGCGGGAUUGACGCCCGUCGUGGCGCCGAGAGCACGGUAGAGGGUGAUCUUCGUGGCGUUAUGGUCGUGGGAGAAUGGGUUGCAGGCCGUAUCAAAGCACUCUCAACGCAAACCGGUGACCCGCCACGUCUGACAAGACAGUGGAUUGAUCAGAACGUUGCUGCUGAGCUGGCACAUGGCGGUGGAGGAGCCAGGGGCUUGGGCAGAGGCAGUGCCAAGGAUGUCGUUGCGCGAAUAUUCCAGGAGGGCGCUGGCUUCCCCAAGCAACAACAGGCCAUGGACAAGAGUAACAAACAUGCCCGACGUGAGCAGCCCAAGGUUCAGCUUGGCUUUGGAGAACAGGACAAGAAGCAAGCCAUGGAGCGCCUGGGCGAAAUGGUCGCAGCCAGCGGCGAGGUGGAUCGUAUCAUGACCGAGAUCUUUGCCGAGUGGCCGAACCGCGAGUUUAGCGACGACUGCUACUUGACGAAGCCCAACACAGCAUACGAGUGGAUGGAUUUUCACGACUCUUGCUCCUCUCGUCUCUUUUCAAGCCAAGAAUGGGAGCUGGCUCCAUACCUAAGCCAGCCGGUCCUCGCAUGCCACCACCUCUUCGCAUCACCCCGUCGACAUGUCGCCGCCAAUGCUGGCUAUGACAAGAAGUGGGGCGCAGAUGCCGAAGGCGAAAAGGAUGUAGCACCUGUUCCAUUCUCAGGCCCGCGAGCCGACUUUGAGGCGCGCGAGGCAGGAAAACAUAACCGUGCUAUGCUUCAGGCCAUUCAAGCACAGUUGACUCCGGCGUUGGGCAGAGCUUUCCGAAGUCCUGAGCAUGUGGCCACUGAUUUCCUACCAUAUCUUGUUCGGCUCGUGUCUCCCAACGUCAAGCCUGUGGUAGUUGGCGGAAGCGGUGGUGAUAAGGGCAUGAGCUCAAUCGCGAGCGUUCGCCGCGAAUCGGAAAAGCUCAUGGUCAAACGAGCCGCCGAGGUUCUCGCUGAGGUAGGCAUCGAGCUGGUCAAGGGCAAGAUCGAAGAGGCAAAUCCGACGGCGUUCAGCAGGACGCAGUGGGUUUAUCGGAUGGAACCCGAUCUUGAUGCUCUGUCAACCUUCGAAACCAUGGGCGCCUACGUACUCAGCACACAAGCACCAACUAGGUACGCUGUAAGGCAGGUUCUGGACCAGGAACUUCAAAAGACUAUUGCGCUCCGUCAAAAUGCAGCCAGACAAGCCCGGUUUCAGGCUGGUAAAGGCUCAGGCGGUGGCAACGACAAGGAGCUGCAUGAGUUCGACGACAAAGAGAACAAGAAAGGCGGCAAGGGGUCCGAUACUUCUGCCGCAGCCCUGGCAGCCGCUGCCCCCGCCGUCAAGCGGGACUUUUUCGGCAGGGUUAUUGUGGAAGCACCAAGGCCAUUGCGUGACGCGGAUGGCAACUCGAGGGCAUCCAAGAAAGCCCCCUCUGGUGGAGAGGGCAAAGACCAUGAUAAGAUGAUUUGGGUAACGUACAACGAAGGAUUGAAUAAUGCAGUCAGGAAACCAAUAUCUUUGGAAGAGUUUCUCCGGGGCUUGUAAAGCAGAGACUUGUCGGCACCAGCAUCUGACAACCGUCAACCGCCCGUUGUUAAAAUGAAUAUAAUGCGAUUUCAACCGUCUCGAAGAGACUUGACUGGAAAAUAUUUGAUGCAUGACUUCCGUCAACCCCACGCAAUCAAGAAGCCUCACCAGCGAUUUUACCACUGAACAAUCAAUCAAUUGGCU